UGGAAACCUUCCGCAUUUAUUCUGAAUAGUUAGAGUAGGUUACAGUCAUCUUCCUUUCACACCAGUGUGAGCUAAAACAGGAAUGUACUAGAGCCACAGCCCAAAAUGAUAUAUGUAUGGUGUCGUAAAUGUGUCUGUCUACCCCUCCGUGACAAAGUUGACUUUCAAGUUUUCUAUUUGGAAUUAAAGCAUUUUUGGGUGUGACCAUAACUCACAUUACACUUUAUUGUAAGGGAACUAUAUUCAUUCAUGAUUGAACAUUUCACAACAGCCAUGAAGGACAUCCACCUUAGUUGAGGCCACGAAACAUUGCAAGGAGUUGUCGUUGCAAGACUCGUGUUCGUUCCAUCUUUUUAAAAACAUUUUAAAAGACAAAGUACCAUGUUGCUGAGAGGCAAAAAUGUGAUCUCCUCACAUACGCGGACAGGGGGACUCGAUUUCCUACCGUUGUCGAUUUGAAAGAGGGAUUUAAUGCUUGUGUGAAAGGUAGUCGUGGUCUGAAAAAAAACCCACACACACAUCAUCGCUAUUCACAACAGCAUCAUAAGGAAGUGAAUUGUUAAUCGGCAGAAAGUCUAGAUGUGAUUGGCUGAACGGGCCCCCGCCGGUGUUUGCCCCGCCCCCCCUGCGCACCUGAUGCUCGUUAGAGGCGGAAGGCGGGAGUUUGCGGACGGUUUAAAAGACCAACGGCAGCUCGACUGACUUUGCUUGUGACUCCACUUCAGUGCAGCAGUGUCUGAGUCCCUGCCGCUUCACCAUCUCUGUCCCAAGCCACCGCUCUCCAACACAAGACGUUAGAAGCUCCGCUGGCAGCCAUGAUCGAGGCAAGCGACGACCUGUUCCUGCCUUCCUUCCAGGACGAGGAGCUGGUAGACAACCUGCUGUCCAGUGAAGAUUCUGAUGGAGAAGUUGGUGGUAAAAGCGACAAGGAAGGAGGCUCUCUGGCCAAAGCCCUGCUCCCCCUGGUGGACUUCUCCUCACCCCUGAUUCCCUGGGUCUGUUCCACCCGCUACAAGACGGAGCUCUGCACCACCUACUCUUCCACCGGGUGCUGCAAGUAUGCCGAGCGGUGCCAGUUUGCCCAUGGCCUCCAUGAGCUCCACGUUCCUUUCCGCCAUCCCAAAUACAAGACAGAGUUGUGCCGAAGCUUCCACACCACCGGCUACUGCUAUUACGGCAACCGCUGUCUCUUCGUCCACAGUCCCAGUGAGCAGCGUCCAGCCCAGCGCCGGAGAAGAAACGUCCCAUGCCGCACCUUCCGCUCUUUUGGAGUUUGCCCCUUUGGCACUCGGUGCAACUUCCUGCACAUAGAGGGCGGCGACGUCUCAAGUGGCCGAGAGUCCCCCGACUCUGAAGAGGCCUCGCCCUCCACUCCGAGCCCACCACCCACCAGAGAGUGGAAGCCAAAAGGAGCUCUGUGCCGCACCUUCAGCUCUUUUGGCUUCUGCUUGUAUGGCACUCGCUGUCGCUUUCAGCACGGCCUGCCAAGCAAGGUGAAGUCUGAGCAACGGAAGGGCCCCAACUUCAGUCCUCGACCUGCCGGCAGCUGUGGUUUACCCUCUCCCACUUCUCCCUUCACCUCCUCGCCCAUUUCUUCCACCUCCUCUUCCCCUCCACCCACCUCUCCUCUGGACACUCCAACUGAGGCUACCGCCCACAAUGCCUUCACCUUCUCCAGCCAGCACCUGAGCGACCUGCUGCUGCCACUUGCCCUGCACCUGCAGAAGCUGGAGACCAGCAAGGCCCAGGAGAUCUGGGACAACCGGGCACUCUAACCAACCAGCACUCCGUCACAGCCGCUUUUGUAUUCUUUUGUAAAUACGUUUAACUUUUUCUCUUAACAUGUUUUUGCUAUUUUUUUUUUUUUUUAAAUAUGUAAUUUGUCAGCAUGUCAAGCAGGCCUUGAACCGUGAAACUGUAGCUCAGACAAACAAUACGUGUCUUCGGUUGUAGGGAUUUAUCUUUGAGCCACUGCACCUUUGACUUUAACUUAUACUUUAACUGUUGUACAUAACUAAUCCAGCCAGUG